AUGCGCCACAUCCAAGCCCUUCGUGAGGACGAGGCGAGCCUGCAGCGGAUGAGGUCGGAGGAGCACGGCAUCAACUUCGAGGCGUCGAAUCCAUUCCUCGAAGCAAUGGAAGCGGCGCGGAGGCCAGAAGACCCAUCCUCCAUGCUUGCAGAGUUGGACGAGGCUCCCGGUGCAGAACAAGAAGGGCCCCUGGAUUCACUGGAUGUACAGCCAGCGACUAGUCCUUCUGCGGAUCCAACGGCGGAGGAAAUGCAGCCGGAAGCAGAGGCUGCGCAGGAGAGCGUGCAGGGGCCACCGGCAUGGCAGGUCCCGAAAGGCAUCCGCGUGAAGGAUGUGUGCGCCCUUGUGGAGGAGAACCGGGCCUGGAUGGAGGAGCCCACCGAGCGGAAGGGCCUGACCGGCCGGAAGAACAUGUACGACGUGUGCGGGAACCUCAUCAUCGUGAAAUGCACGAGCAGCGAGCGCGUCGUCGAGCUCUCCGAGGAGGAUGUCGAGCAGAUCACCCGCUCCCUCCGAAAGGAUGCCACCGAGUCGAUCUUCGAAGGAGGCACGCUUCAGUGCCGAGAGGGCGUCCACCUUGGAGGAGUCCCCGUGGAGCACAUGACGAUUCAAGGGAUCCUGUGUGAAGGGGGAGACCUGCGCAUGAAGUACUGGCAGAGCGGCGACGAGCGCCAUGACAUGUGGAUGACCGCGGAGAAGCAUGGGCGGGUGCAGGGUAUGGACGCCAUCCCAGAGAAGCUUCGUGGCUUUAAUCUCGGCGAAGUGAACGCCCGGCGACACAAAGACAGGCUGCGAGCCGCAGGAACGGUUGUCGUGCUCCGCACUGGGGUGGCGUAUGUGGACAUCACCGAACAAGGAAAAUUCGCGCCCCUCUGCGGGUUCGUGUCGCACUAUUGGGGGCAGGAGACCAUCGAGUUCUCCGAAAUCCUGCUGCUGCAUGCCAAGAAGGUCUACCCGGAAGACCCAGGCGAGAUGUGCUACUAUGUCUGCACGUUCUCAAACAACCAGCACAGCGUUGACCUGGGUGGGGACGACCUCGCGACCUCCCCGUUUAACAUGGCCCUGGAGUACAUUGCAUCCUGCUACCGCACACGGCAGGAGUCGAUGUACGGCGCUGUGAUGAUGUUUGACAAGGCGUGUGCCCCACUCACGCGCAUCUGGUGCAUCUAUGAGAUCUUCAGAUGCCAUUCCUUGGGCCUUACCCUCGACCUGUUCUCCUGCGAGGGCCAGAUCUGCCGCACCAGCGAGUCAGAGCUCAUGAACGAAAUCAUUGAGAGGCUCAGGAACCUGAACCUCCAGGAGGUCGGAAGUUCGGAACCCCAAGACAAGCUGAACAUCGAAGCCGCCAUCUCCGACCACCCCGGCGGGGCCACGGCGGUGGCUGGAAAGGUCCAGCUCCAGGUCAUGGACCUCGUGACCUUCUCCGGGUGCCUCUCCAUCACUCGCAACGCAUUCACAGGAAAGCAGGUCGAGCCCGAAGAGAUCGAGCUGAAGGAUCUGUCGACCGGGGAGGUGAGGACGUCCAACGCCAUCAUCGAGGCCUGCAUCGAGGGUCGACUGCCGAGGAUCCUCCUUAUCGGGCCGGGAGGCUCGGGGAAGACGAUCUUUGCGAGGGAGGUGGUGAGGAGGGUCGUGGACUGGGCGAGACAGGACACGGCAGCUGGCAUCAUACCCGUUCGCAUCCCCCUCGCUGAGCUGGCGCAGCACGUGCAGGACCCUACUGGAGAUCCGCUCCGGUGCUGGGCCGAGCGCGCCUUCGGUGCGGAGAGCCGGGAGCUCUUUCGCGGCGACCGGAAGCUCCUCCUGGUGCUGGACGGCUUCGAUGAGGCCGGUGCAGCGCGCCGGCGGAUCGUCGACUGGUUGCAGGGCUGGCUGGAGGCCCACAGUGGCCGCGUUGUCUGCGUGAUCAUGACCAGCCGGCCCUCAGGCACCGACCAGGUCCUGGAGGCCGACGGCGUCGUCUGCGAUGCGGUGCCCCUCACGGUGCUUGCCCAGCUGUCCGACACCCGCUUCGUCACUCGGGACCUUCUGCCUGAAAAGAGCCUCGUCGAGCUGCGAGGCUGCUCUGCUGGGCUGACCACGAGACUGGUGGCCUCAGUUGCGCAGGGCUUCCUCCUCGAGCGCGACGAGGUCGACCUCGAGCCAGGAAUGCACCGAGUGACAGUCCGGCGCAAGGAUCCCCACCAAGUCUUCUCCUCCGCGAUGACGCUGCAGGGGCCAGCGGACGUCGCCCGAGCCCAGGGCGGGCUCCUGGAGCAGGCGCUUCUGGCGGCCGGCGGCGAGCCCUCGCGCCCCUUCAAGCUGGGAAUCGUGCUUGCUGCCACCGGGAACACCGGGGAACACUAUCCGGACGAGGACCUCAGUGUUCUCAAUUACCUGAACGGAGUUUUCCCGUGCGAUGUCUACUUGCACCAGACGUCGGACUCGGAGCCCGGACACAUCGACGAGAAGCCGGAAGACAUGGACGUGACCCUUGAAGCCGUUGGGGACCGCCAGGUCGUCCUCACGGGCAGUCUGCAAGUUGGCGCUGUCCUAGUGUUGAACGGUGAAAACGAAGAGAAGAGCUGUUAUAAGCUGUGGCCGCCCCGCCGCUGCUUCAUCCUCACCGUGGACAGAGCAGUCACGGAGUACCCCACAGAGUUGACUCAGCUCACGGCGCAGACAGAGCUCUCCACCGGGCUCUGCUUCCAGCCUCUGGAGCUGCUGCCGCUCACGGAGCCCGCGGCUGCAAGGAUCGCAAAGUGUCGGGAGGACGAGCUGCGAGCUCUGCCUGGCGAGGUCUGGCAGACGCCGUUGAUGGCAAGCCUGCUGGGCAAGUACCGCGAAGAGCAGGAGGAGCUCCCGGCGUCUGCUGGCGCCGCGGCCGAGCUCGAGCUCAUGCGGUUUGCUGUCGAGGCUCUCCUGGCGCAGGCAGAGCAGCGCACUGGCAGAUCGGGGCUGCGCGAGAUGCUGCACGCCGUCUGCUUGCGAACGCUCAAGGCAGGACAGCGGCUUCUGCGAGAGGCGGACUUCGCGGGCAAGGAGGUGAUGUUCCAGGAAGCCCUGCGAGGGCACCUGAGCUUCUUCGAGCCGGCCGCCGGCCAGGACGCCGUACAGAUUUACCAUCUGCGCAUGCACGAGCUCCUGGCAGCGGAGGCCUGGAGGGACUCUCAGCCCCCUGCCCAGGACCAACACGGCUGGAAGAAUGCCUUCGGCGAGGUGCAGGCGCAGCCCAUGCUGCGAGGAGUCCUGCACUACGUCCUCAUGAUGGAAAUGCCGGAGAUGGCCCAGAUGCCGCAGCAACAAAUUGACCUCAGCGAGCUACAGUAUCCGCUGGCUGCUGCAGAACUGGAGAUCCUUUUCGGAGGACUUCAGACCUGCCUCGAGCCCCGGUCCGAGAAGCUCCUGCUGCACCUCCCGCGCUGUGGUUCCAGCAUCGGCGGCCUGGAGGGAGCCCGGAGCCUGGGCGCGGCGCUGCGGCGCUUCGGCCGGCUCCGGGAGCUGGACUUGAAAAUGGGGAGCGCCGGCCUCGGCCGGGGAGCCCAGCAAGCAAGCACCUGUUGA